CUCGAAAGGGGCCGGGUUUCCUUCUCCUGAAGGCAGAUGUUGCCUCUCGCGCGCUCCGAUUGGUUCAGUUCACUCUAGAAACACUGCUACCGGGGAGAAACUGGACCCCAGGGUCGGGAGCGAAUUCCAGCCUCCAGGGCGGAUAAGCGAGGCAUUGGUGUGAGAGAGACUUUACCCCGCCGUGGUGGGCGGAGGGCGCGCAGUGGAGCAGCAGCAUAGGCGCGGGUCCCGGGAGGCCGACUCCGCUCGCGCUAAGAUGUGGAAUCUCCUGCACGAAACCGACACGGCUGUGGCCACCGCGCGCCGCCCGCGCUGGCUGUGCGCUGGGGCACUGGUGCUGGCGAGUGGCUUCUUUCUCCUCGGCUUCCUCUUCGGAUGGUUUAUAAAAUCCUCCAGUGAAGCUACUAACAUUACUCCAAAGCAUAAUAUGAAAGCAUUUUUGGAUGAACUGAAAGCUGAGAACAUCAAGAAGUUCUUACAUAAUUUUACACAGAUACCACAUUUAGCAGGAACAGAACAAAACUUUCAACUUGCAAAGCAAAUUCAAUCCCAGUGGAAAGAAUUUGGCCUGGAUUCUGUUGAGCUAACUCAUUAUGAUGUCCUGUUGUCCUACCCAAAUAAGACUCAUCCCAACUACAUCUCAAUAAUUAAUGAAGAUGGAAAUGAGAUUUUCAACACAUCAUUAUUUGAACCACCUCCUGCAGGAUAUGAAAAUGUUUCGGAUAUUGUACCACCUUUCAGUGCUUUCUCUCCUCAAGGAAUGCCAGAGGGCGAUCUAGUGUAUGUUAACUAUGCACGAACUGAAGACUUCUUUAAAUUGGAACGGGACAUGAAAAUCAAUUGCUCUGGGAAAAUUGUAAUUGCCAGAUAUGGGAAAGUUUUCAGAGGAAAUAAGGUUAAAAAUGCCCAGCUGGCAGGGGCCAAAGGAGUCAUUCUCUACUCAGACCCUGCUGACUACUUUGCUCCUGGGGUAAAGUCUUAUCCAGAUGGUUGGAAUCUUCCUGGAGGUGGUGUCCAGCGUGGAAAUAUCCUAAAUCUGAAUGGUGCAGGAGACCCUCUCACACCAGGUUACCCAGCAAAUGAAUAUGCUUAUAGGCGUGGAAUUGCAGAGGCUGUUGGUCUUCCAAGUAUUCCCGUUCAUCCAAUUGGAUACUAUGAUGCACAGAAGCUCCUAGAAAAAAUGGGUGGCUCAGCAUCACCAGAUAGCAGCUGGAGAGGAAGUCUCAAAGUGCCCUACAAUGUUGGACCUGGCUUUACUGGAAACUUUUCUACACAAAAAGUCAAGAUGCACAUCCACUCUACCAGUGAAGUGACAAGAAUUUACAAUGUGAUAGGUACUCUCAGAGGAGCAGUGGAACCAGACAGAUACGUCAUUCUGGGAGGUCACCGGGACUCAUGGGUGUUUGGCGGUAUUGACCCUCAGAGUGGAGCAGCUGUUGUUCAUGAAAUUGUGAGGAGCUUUGGAACGCUGAAAAAGGAAGGGUGGAGACCUAGAAGAACAAUUUUGUUUGCAAGCUGGGAUGCAGAAGAAUUUGGUCUUCUUGGUUCUACUGAAUGGGCAGAGGAGAAUUCAAGACUCCUUCAAGAGCGUGGCGUGGCUUAUAUUAAUGCUGAUUCGUCUAUAGAAGGAAACUACACUCUGAGAGUUGAUUGUACACCACUGAUGUACAGCUUGGUAUACAACCUAACAAAAGAGCUGGAAAGCCCUGAUGAAGGCUUUGAAGGCAAAUCUCUUUAUGAAAGUUGGACUAAAAAAAGUCCUCCCCCCGAGUUCAGUGGCAUGCCCAGGAUAAGCAAAUUGGGAUCUGGAAAUGAUUUUGAGGUGUUCUUCCAACGGCUUGGAAUUGCCUCAGGCAGAGCACGGUAUACUAAAAAUUGGGAAACAAACAAAUUCAGCAGCUAUCCACUGUAUCACAGUGUCUAUGAAACAUAUGAGUUGGUGGAAAAGUUUUAUGAUCCACUGUUUAAAUAUCACCUCACUGUGGCCCAGGUUCGAGGAGGGAUGGUGUUUGAACUAGCCAAUUCCGUAGUGCUCCCUUUUGAUUGUCGAGAUUAUGCUAUAGUUUUAAGAAAGUAUGCUGACAAAAUCUACAAUAUUUCUAUGAAACAUCCACAGGAAAUGAAGACAUACAGUGUAUCAUUUGAUUCACUUUUUUCUGCAGUAAAGAAUUUUACAGAAAUUGCUUCCAAGUUCAGUGAGAGACUCCAGGACUUUGACAAAAGCAACCCAAUAUUGUUAAGAAUGAUGAAUGAUCAACUCAUGUUUCUGGAAAGAGCAUUUAUUGAUCCAUUAGGGUUACCAGACAGACCUUUUUAUAGGCAUGUCAUCUAUGCUCCAAGCAGUCACAACAAGUAUGCAGGGGAGUCAUUCCCAGGAAUUUAUGAUGCUCUGUUUGAUAUUGAAAGCAAAGUGGACCCUUCCCAGGCCUGGGGAGAAGUGAAGAGACAAAUUUCUAUUGCAGCCUUCACAGUGCAAGCAGCUGCAGAGACUUUGAGAGAAGUGGCCUAAGAGGAUUCUUUAGAGAAUCCAUAUUGAAUUUGUGUGGUAUGUCAUUCAGAAAGAAUCAGAAUGGGUAUAUUCAUAAAUUUUAAAAUUGGUAUAUUUGAAAUAAAGUUGAAUAUUAUAUAUA